AUGUUCAGUAAUAUUGACACUUUGUAAAACAUUGCGAUACUAUAUGGACAUUUUUAUUUAAUUUCCAGAAACUUCGUCUGCCUGUUCAACGAUAAUAUGUGAUAAUGGUUCUUAUCUACUGAAGGCUGGUUUUGCUGGCGAUGAUUUUCCUCGUGCAAUUAUCCCUACUAUAGUCGGAACACCCCGGAAACAAGUCAGAAAUAAUUAUUUAUAAUUUAAUUAAAAAAUAAUAACAAUAACGAGUCUGCAUGACUGCAUAAUAUGAUUAUAAUUAGGUAAAUCAAUUAUUGAUUUUGUUUAGAUGAAUAUUACAGGAUACGGACUGAGAGCGAUGUAUGCUGGUGAAUUUGCCGUAGAAAAUAUUGGCAUUUUGGAUAUUAACCGUCCAAUUGUGUACGAUGACAUACAGGAUUGGGACGCUAUGGAAAAUAUUUGGUACCAUAUGUAUUACGAAAAUUUGCUUGUACCACCGGAAGAUUUUAAUAUUUUACACACCGAGGGAAUUAAUAAUCCAAUAGAAAACCGUAAAAAACUUAUGGAGGUUAAAUUUUGUUUUUAUUUAUCCAUAAUAAGAAGUUCAGAGAGUUAUAGCUAGUAAGAAAAAACAAUUUAAAGUUAGCAGCAGAACAGGAAGUAAGGUGAUUGGGUAGAGUAAAAAAGAGAUUUUAAAGAAUGUUCAAGGAAGCUGAAAGAAUGGUAAGAAAAACAAAGUUAAAGAAAUAGAUGAAGAGUUGUAUGAGACACCAGGAACGAAGGAAUAGCGAGGUGUUCCGGGUACAUUAUUAACAAACCGGGUACCAAGUAUUAACCGAGUAAUAAUUUAUACAAAUGCCAUGUACUGAGUACUGAGUAGUCGUUGAGUACAGAAUAUGAUAUCGGGUACCCGGUUAGGACUCGAUGGCUGGGUACCCGGAACAUCUCUGUAAAGCAAGGUGAAAUAGAAGUUUAUCGAUUAGCCAAGGUUAGAUAAAAACGGUCUAAGGAUUUCAACUACGUAUGGUGUAUAAAAAAUGAAAAUAGACGGGUAUUAAUGAAUGGAUAUAAAAGAGAUGAAAAGAGUAUUUUGAAAAUGGCUGAAUGAGCAGUAAGCAAGAAAAAUUGUAUGGUGUGUUUCGUUAAGCAAAGGUCUGAUAAGUUUAAUGAGAGAGAAGGAAGUGUAAUGGGCUGUGAAAGCAAUACAAAUUUAAAAAAGCGAUGGAUCCAUAUAGUGUACCAGUGGAAGUGUGGUAAAUGUUAGAGGAACUAGGUAUAGGCUAGUUAAAAGAUUUGUUCAAUAAUAAGGUGUUAAUAGAAGGGAAAAGUACAGACGAGUGGACGUCUGUGAAGUUGGUCACCUGACUUUGUCCUAUCAAUUUCAGAUCAAUUUCAAAAUUUAGGAACCUUUAAGUAAAUAAUUGUAACCGACAUCAAACAGUUUGUAACCAAACAGUUUCCGAGAGAAAAUUCAAUUUCCAUUUCAGGGAGCUAUAAUUUUAUUAAGAUCUUAUUAACGUCAUAGUACGAUUUAGAUACACAAGUGAACUUCGUAGCACAGCAUUAGUAGACAUCAAUCCUACCCAUACAAAAAAUUUGUUGAUUUAUUGUUUCACAACUUUCAAAUUUUGUUGGACAUUAUUUUCACUGGUGGGCCAAUUUUCAAUUUUGCGCUGCUAAGUUAACGCCAGCAGUUAACUGUUUGCUGAAACCUAUUUUAAAUUCAGUGUAGCGAAGAAUGUGUUGGUUUUACUAAAAAUGUUUAUUUUUUUGUUUUUUUUUUUUUUAUCCUGUGUACGAAAAUUUGACCAUAAAUCUUUUUCAGAUAUAUACGCGCGGCACCAUUUCUGAAAGAGAAUGUUGUCCAAAUGAUACUUUUGGAAGGGGAUAUUUUAAUUUUCCAAGUGAUUUCCAUAAUAUCUGGGAAAAACCAGGAUAAAACGUAAGAAAAACGGGAAAUAUACGAAAUUAAUGCUUUUAUUAUUUUAUCAAUUUUGUUAUUUGUUGUAAUUUAGUUAAAAAUAUUCUUAGAAACUUGAAAUUUGGACAAAAAACUUAAAUUUGCUUUUUCUUGACGUGGUAAAAUUUUCAAAAUAUUUAAGCUAUUUUUAAGCUAUUUAUAGACAUUUUAAUUUUGUAAGUUUUGUAGGUAAUUUGUAUUGGUAAAAUUGUUAGACUUAAGAGAAAUACUUGAAAAUUUAACAGGAAGCUUAUUAAAUCUUACUUUGUGGUAAAAAAAAAAUUGGGUUCAAUUUAGUAUUCUUUUUAAUAAAGAAAUUUUAAUACUACAUUUUGAUGAAAAUUAUUUGAUUAAAAAAUUAUUUGGAACAAAUCUAAUUUAUCAAUUUUUUUUUUUUCGAACAUAUGUGUAUUGCCGAUUUAAGAAGGAUGGUACUAUACGAUGGACUAUACGUUUAUUGUAGUUGAAUGAUCAUGAGUACGUAUUGUCAAACUGGGGGUCAUGGGUUUGUGGAUCGUGGUUCGAUGUUUGCACUUUUUUUUCCCCUUUUAUCUAAAUAGGGAAAAACAAAUGUAUUUUAAGUGUACCUAGAGACCUAGCUAUCACUUGCUCGGACGAUUAUAAUCGAAAAUUACUCCUCGAUUUGUUGAGCAAACUUUUCUACCAGAAAUCUUACUCCCAUGUAUCAAAAGUGUAGCUCAUUUUCCGAAAGGAAAAUUUAUUUCAAUGGCUUAGGGUGGUCGUUUUUAUCAUUUUUCAAUUGGUUUUCAUAGAAACUGGGUAAAACCGGGAUAAAAUGUCGGAAAAACGUAAAAUAUAAAUAAAAAAUAUUAUGGCCUUUUUUUUGUUCUGUGUACAACUUUUCUAUCAGCAAUUUUGCUCCGAUUUACAAUAAAAUCACUUUUUUUGAAAGUAAAUUUGAUUGGGAAAAUACUUUAAGGAGGUCAUUUUUCGAUUUUCCCAUAAGUUUUCUAAGCAAAUGUGAUAAUCCGGGGAAAAACAUGGGAAAACCGGAAAAAUCGAUACAAUAUUAAACAAAUUUUAUUAAAUAAAAUAUACAAUGUUUAUUUAAUUAUUUUACCACAAUAUGACAUAUAUAUUGUUGACAAAGCAUCACUAUCAACUGAGCUCCACUCAGAAUCAAUUUUUCGUAAGCAAUAGUUUACCGUUGCAUACAUUAAAUUCCUGUCUAUAUCCUACCUUCCCAACCUCCCAUCUAUACUAGAGGCUGCACCAGUAUCCAUUAUCUUACCUUUUUUCAACACAAACCAAAUUUGAAAAACCGAAAAAAACGGGAAAAUGUACGAAAUAUACUACUACAAUACCGAUUACAAUUUUUUUUCUUGUGCACAACUGACUCACACAAUUUUUAUUUUACCUGAUAAAAGUAAUAUUUACCUUAAAGAAAAAACUAGAAUUUGAUAAUUGUAUGGUGUUUCAUCACAUUCUCCAAUUUAAUUUAUUUUAAAAUUGGGAUUUCUCGGAAACUGUGGGUUACAAACUGUUUGAUAUCGGUUACAAUUAGUUACUAAAAGGUUACUAAAAUUAUGUUGUAAGUGUGAUGUUGGGAAGGUAUAGGGGAAAUUUAAAGAAUACCUGCAAGCAACAAUAAGCCAUUGCUUACCAAAAAACGAUUUUGAGCAGAAUUCAGUUAAUAGUGAUGCUUUGUUAACAAUAUAUGUCAUUUUAUGGUAAAAAAAUUAAAUAGGUAUUAUAUAUUUUCUUUCACAGUAUUUGUUUAAUAUUGUUCCGAUUUUCCCGAUUCUCCUACAUUUUUCCUGGUUUUUUCAUAUUUUUCCAGUUUUUCGUAUUUUCUGGAAAAACUCUUGGGAAAAUCGAAAAAUAAUCUCCCUAAAGUACCUUUUUAAUCAGAUUUCCUUUCAGAAAUGGGUCUACAUCGUAUACAUUGGAGCAAGCUUUCUGGUAGAAAAAGUGUUCACAUAAAAAAAAAAAUAAUAAUAAACAUCUUAUUAAAACCAAUACAUUCUUCACUGCACUCAGAAUCUUAAAAGAAAAUUAGAAGCGAGACAUCAAUGUAUAAAAUACAGUUUGGUUUUAUGCGAGUGAAAUCGAUAAUAGAUUAAAAAUUCUGUUGAGACAGAUUAUAUAAAAGUAAAAAAAAGAAAAACAACUUAUGUAUGGCUUUUUUAGAUUUAGAGAAGUUCUAUGACAGAGUGCCGAGAGAGUUUCUAAUGUUGAUACAACCGUUCUCGUCUGGAAAAUAAUGCUCACAAUUACCGAAUGAUUGCUCUACCACUGACCUGCCUUGUACCUGACUUCUAACACUAUUUUCAAUGGACUUAAAUAAUCUAACAUCCCGGGUUUUAGCAGUUGGGGAAGAAGCCGUGUGUACAGUUGAGGGAGCAAUGUGGUGCACGAGACCGUGUCAAUGUGAAAAGAAGUUCCGAGAUUGUAUAUUAUUUUUAUAGAUGAUAUGUAUGAAGAUUCAAAUAUGGGUGUAAAAUAUGUGUAAGGAAUAAUUGAUGAUUUAUGGUUAAAUUAGGUGUGCAUCAAGUUGUCCUUGAGCCCUUACCUUUUUUCUGUUGUAAUAGAUAAAGUUACGAAGGAAAUACAAAGUAAUGUGCAAGAUGUAUGAUGUUUGUAAAUGAUAUAGUUGUAUGGGGAACAUAUCUAGAAGAAGUUAACAAAUUGAAGAAGAAGAAGAAGAUUUGUUUAUAAAAUGUUAAGAAGACUAGUGGUCUGAAUCCCCCUAAAUUAUUCUAGAUACUAUACCAUAUUAUCUAUUAGGUACAUAAUAUUGUAUUCCUUAAUAUAGUUUCGUUUUAAACAAAAAAUGUAGACGUAUAAUACGUUCAGAUUUGUUUGAUAUUUUGACUACUAACUAUAUAACUAUUACUAAGAAGGUGUCAUAUAAAUAAUGGAUACUAAAGAAGCAGAAGGAAAUAUAUCUUCAUAAUCUUCUUUAUAAAUACACCACUGAUAUCAACUAAAUUAUUCAAAAUACUAUACUUGUACUUAGUAGUAGAUUAAUCAAUUUUCCACAUACAAGCAGUAGAAAAUUUGCCACCUUUUCAUCAUUAUGAUACAGUUUUUUCUUCUGUUUUUUUAAAACAAAAAAAAAUAGAAUAUAUAAAUAUGUUGUUAGUUAAAUCAUUAUUUAUUAAAUUCAAAAGUUUAUACAAAUUGGCCAGAGAUAAAUCACGUUGUUUUAAUAUUUUUACUUUACAGAGGCGUAAUUUCGAGGAGGAUAUGGGAGAUAGAUCCCCCCUCCAUAAACAGAUAAUAUAUUGUUAUUUUAUGCAAACUGGAAGUACAAAUGCAAAUUAUCAAAACUGUUAUGAAAUUAAAAAAUUAUAAAUGUUUAAUUGUAUUGGUAGGUGUCAAAAUAUUCAUAGUUUAUUAUUAUAAUAGGUAAGCAAUAUUCUUAAUAGUUAAUGAAAAAAUAAAUAGUAAAUUUCAAUUUAAACUUUACAUACUAGACGCGUUCGAACGUAAUUAGGACGUUGUAAUUUUAAAAACACAGACGUGCCAUUUAAUAGAAAACUUCUGAGCCCUGAUGUUGAGUUAUAAAUGUUAGUAAAGGGGUGGGGGAGGGGUCGUGUAGGAUAAACCUCCCAUGAGAUCGCCAUGAGGAUUUAUUUUGAUAUCAUCCCUCCACCUUAAAACAUUCCCAACACACCACUGUUACUUUAAGAGCCAAGAUGGCCAAAUUUCGAAAUGAGAAACAUUUUAACAUACAUGAAGUCAUUUGUAGCUGUCUUAGAAAUUUAUUGAUAAUGGCUUAAAAAAGAUAAAAUAUUUUCAAUUUUCAAAAAGAUUUAUAAAAUCGUAGUCAUAAGAUAUCAAAAAAAAACUGAUUGUUAUCUCAAAACAUAUGUUCAUAUACAUGUAUUUAUUUGUACUUUUUAUACGAGUGGUAUAUUUGCAGACACCCUUAAAAUGUUGCCAUUCUAAUCAUCUGCUUGUUCUGCUUGUAGAUAAACCAGGAGCGUCUCCAUACAUUGAUUAGGAGAGGGGGGGCGAAAUAAUUAAAUUUAAUAUUAAUGAUUGAGAAAAAAAGACCGACAUACUUAGCACGAUUGGUAGACCACUGCUGUAGAUGAGAAGUUGGAAGAAGUUAAGAAGGUAGGAUAUAGAGGGAAAUUGUAUGUAUAUCUGUAAGCAAAAAUUAAUCAUUGCUAAUGAAAAACGAUUCUGAGCAGAGUUUGGUUAAUAGAAUUGCUUUUUCAACAAUAUAUAUAUUUAUGUUACAGUGAAAUAACUUUAUACUGAAACAAUUUGUAUGGAUCAGUAAUUCGAUUUGUUCCACAUAAUUUUUUACUAAAACAAUUUUCGUCAAAAUUUGAUAUUAAAAUUCUUAUAAAAAAAAUAUACAACAUUAAAUUAAAUUAAAUUUUUUAUUUUGACCGCAAAGUACGACUUAUAAUUAACCUCCUCCUUCUAUUCAAUUUUAAAGCAUUUCUGUUUAGUUUAACAAUUUUAUCCACAAAGUGCCUACCAAAUAAAAAUUACUAAUACAAUUAAAGUGUCUAUAAAUAACUUAAAUAUAGCCCAAAUGUUUUUAUAGUUUUGCACGUGAAAAUUGUUAAAUAUAAGUUUUCUGUCCAAAUUUCAAGUCUACAAAUAUGUUUAACUGAAUUACAAUAAAUAACACAAUUAAAAAUAAUAAAAAGCAUUAUUUUCGUAAAUUUCCUGUUUUUCUUACUUUUUGUCCCAAGUUUUUCCAGAUAUUAUGAGAACCACUUCGAAAAUCAAAAAAUGGCCUCUUUAAGUAGGUUCCAUCCAAAUAAUAUUUCCUUUCAGAAAUGGUGCCACAUGUACAUUUUGGGCCAAGAUUUCUGGUAAACAUUUUUGUUGUAGUGUAAAAAAAAAUUGUUUGUAAAACCAAUAAAUUCUUCGUUACACUCAGAAUGUAAAAAAUUUUAACAAAUAAUAUAUUUAUUAUAUCUACUUCUGAACCAAUGACUAUGCCAAAUGCCAAUGUAAGUCCACUUAUCUAGUGGGGAGGAAGCAAACGCUCACAUCGUCUCCCUCAGGGACGCACCUGAGGUAAACCCGACACUGCUUAUCCUACUACGGUUACGUUAUUUACUUAAUUCAUUACUCUUUACUAAGUAGGUACCUAUCUAUGUGUUAAGUAAAUAUGUAAAAAAGUAAGUAGGUAUAAUUGUCCGCGCUUCACAAAUUCUACAAAGAUCCUCUUAAUUUUCAUUGAUCUAAUUUGAUACUUAUAUACAGAUUAUGUUCGAAUUAUUCAACGUACCCAAUGCGGCGUUGAUUCCAAAAUUGGUUUUACCAUUGUACGGAAAUGGAAAGACCACCGGUUUGUCAAUAGAUUCUGGAUUCAAACAAACACAUGUCGUUCCCAUUUAUGAAGGAUAUCCAUUGAGACAUGCUAUGCGUAGCAUGCCAAUCGGCGGUCAGCACAUAACCAAAUAUUUAAUGAAACAGUUAAACGAUCGUGGCUAUAGUUUUACUACAUCAAAAAGUUGGGAAGAAAUACGAGAAAUUAAGGAAAAAAUGUGCUACUGUGCUUUGGACUUUGAAAAAGAAAUAUCCACUUUUUCAAAAAACAAGGAACAACAGUAUAAACUACCGGACGGAAUGAUAGUCUCGAUCAAAACCGAAGCGUUAGUAUUUUGAAUGGAAAGAAAGUUCUUAAAAUGUAUAGGAAACAGUGUUUAGUCGUUUAUUAAAAAGAAAAUUAGAAAAAUAGAAAACUUUUUUUGGAUUUUUCGUUUUUGCGGUAUAUGAGUUAAUCAGUAUAGUUUUCGAAAAGGGUAUACAUUCAUAUUUUAUGCAUUUAAGGAACGAAACUAAUCAGAUUCAAUAAUUCAUAAAGCCGUUCGAUUCACUCUCAAAAAAAUAUUUCACAACUCUUAUAUAUGUAGUAGCUAGUAGGUAGGAAUUCAGUAGAUAGUGAUGCUUUGUCAAUAAUAUAUGUUUUAUAAUAAAAUAAUUAAAUAGACUUUAUAUAUUUUCUUUAAUCAAAUUCGUUUAAUGUUGUACAGAUUUUCCCGGUUUUUCACAUUCGCUGGGAAAAUUCUUGGGAAAAUCAAAAAAUGACCUCUCUAAAGUACCUCACUAGUGAAAUUACCUUUUAUAAACAUUACUAUCAUUAAAAGUUGGAGUAAAAUUAAUGGUAGAAAAGUUGUACACAGGAAAAAAGAAGGUCGUAAUAUUUGUCAACUAUUAUUUCUUAUAUUUUCCGUUUUUCCGACAUUUUACCCCGGUUUUUUGCAGAUAUUACGAAAACCGCUUGAAAAAUCAAAAAGUGAUCUCCUUUAAGUGCCCUUUUCCUUUCAGAAAAUAAGCUACAUCGGAGCAAGAUUUCUGGUAGAAAAGUUUGCACAACAAAUCGUGGGAUAUUUUGCGUUUAAAAUAGUCCGAGCAGAUAUUAUUAGCCACAAUUUAUAAUUUUUUUCGUUGUUUAGUUAAAAGGGAGAAAAAAUGCAAACAUUUUCUCGAAACCCGAGUUUAAACUCACGAGCCCUAGGAUGACAAUAGGCAUGUAUAACCAUUAUACUAAGACACACAGUCUAUAGAAUGACAAUAUUAGAGUUAUUUAACAUAAAAUAUAAUAACUGCAUAAUACCACUACUUCAAAAAGCUAUAAUUUCGAAACCAUGUCAUUCCGCUCAAUCUUACUUCACCAUCGCACAACUCCUUUCACGUGAUUCACUUCUUUAAAUGAAAUUAAAUGUUGUUCAUAAAGUAAAUUGUACAAGUAUGUUAUUAAGCAUAAGUAGGUAUAGUUGUAUCAGAACACUUAUUUUAAACGAUAGGUUCAUUUAGUAUUCUAAAAAUCUAGAAAUAAAUAGGUAAAUAUACAUACCUACUUAAAUAUCUAGUCUACUUUACAAUAUUAGGAUAACAAUAAUGACAAUAUGAAUAUUAAAAGUAUAUUCAAUAAUAAUAUUUGAUUGAAUAAAAUCACAUAUUAGAUAAUCGUGUUUGGAAUAAAAAUAAAUGAUUUUCGAGUUAUAAUAUAAUUAUUAAUAUAUUAUGAACCAAUACGUUAUUAAUCUAUAAUCAGGUAUAAAAUGUUUUAGCUUCAAAUCGCCCGAAAUUUUAUUUAAUCCGGCAUUAUUCGACAUCGAAAAUGAACAAGGCGGACUUCAUGAUAUUGUACAAAGUUCAUGCAGUGCUUGCAAUAUUAAUGAACAAUCGACAAUGUACGAAAACAUCGUACUGGCUGGUGGCACUUCUAAAUUUCCAUUUCUAACCGAACGUUUAGAAUCUAUGUUAAAAAAAUUAAAUUUAUCUACUACAAAAAUUAAAAUAACUGCACGCCCAGAACGAAAAUAUUCUACGUGGAUUGGAGGUUCAAUUUUGGCUUCGAUUUCUACUUUUAGUAAAGUGUGGAUCAGCAAAUCUGAAUACGAAGAACGAGGACAAGAAAUUAUUCAAGAAAAGUGCAUUUUUUAA